AAAAAAAGCAACUAACAUAUAAAAACCGGAAGUAUUUGCCAAAGGAUAAUAUAUGAGAUGUUACUUAAUAAAUACGAAAAGAGAACGAAUUAAAUUGAAUUGAAUUUCUAAUUGAAUCGUAUUAUAUAGAGUCUACUAUAUGUAUAAAAGAUAAAUAAUUAUGUUGUUAAAUUAUUACAAAUGUUUGUUAAUUGUAAAUUGCUGUUGUUUUUGUGUGUUCGUGCAGCCAUUACCCAUUAAGGAUAUCACCGGCCGAAGUACAUAUGAUGAUAAAAACUCGACCAUUACUACUAAACCAGUUAAUCCUUUAAGAAACGAUGAUUUGCUUAGCACGGAGGAGGAUGCUUCCACUCAGGCCAAUGAUUUUAUACCCAGAUUUCAUUUACCGGUUGUUAGGAAAAUUCCUCGUGGAUUCCUACCAUUAACUGAUUUAACUAACUCGCACAAAACGGAUCUUUAUUCGAAGCUGGGAGGAAAUUUUUAUACAACAUCUCAUAAUGGGAAUCCCGUAUUGGACUUUGCUCGAUAUCAUUACCCGCAAAUAACAAAAAUUCUAACACCGCCAGCGACUAAUGCAAAAACCUAUGAUCGUGAUGUGCUGGGCUCCGGAGAUUUUGGUAUAUUGCGUGGCGGUACCUUCUAUCCCGAAGAUGAAAUGCCUUAUCAUCCCGAAGCUAAUGAUGACUAUUAUUACAGCGAUGCCAGUGAUAGUCAUACAACGACCACAAGUGGAGCAAGUUUUGUCCAUAAAUACACUCAUCCCGAUGAACAAUUUCAGCAAUUUCGUGAUUUUGCUGAUCUCAGCACACCAGCUAUGGAUGGUGAAUAUUCGCAAUAUGUCGUCAUUUAUGAAGCCAAACAUAAUAACGCUUCAGAUAAUCAAGGCGAACAGCAACUGCCGCAAGAAUGCCAUCAUCAUCAGCAUCGUCAGCAUCAUCCUCAAAAUAUUUUCGAACAAUUACAACAGAUUGAUGAAGAAAAUGCCAAAAAAUCGAAACAAAAGCUAAAUAAGCGAAAAUUGAAAUUGAUGAAAAAAGUUUUUUUUGGUAAAAAAUACAAUAAAGAUACAAACUCGAAGAAAUUCGAAGAAGCAGAGGAUGUUGAUCCUUUGUUGGCUUUAAGUUAAUGUACAAUAA